AAAAAAAAACGAAUCACUGAUCGUUUUACAAACAAUAGUGUUUACAAACGUCCUAGUACGGGGUGUUUUUUCUCGUAGUGAAAUAGUUAUGUAUACAUGCAACACAUAUGUAGCCUAUGUGUUAUAGUUUGAUGCUGUCACCCACUCACAGAUCCCGGUCUUGUUUGUUUAAGUCGUGUCUGAAGAACAUUUGUCACAUGUUGCGUAGACGUAGUUUAUGGUUCAUAUUUGUCACCAAACCUCAAUACCCUUUAAAAAAACAGAAGGAUUUGAGUCCCGCAGGAUAAAAACGUUGAGUGAUUCACCAACGCAUUACGAAUCGGUUUGACCAAAUCACCAAAAGGAACCAUUUCAAACGAGCGAUUCAUUUGCUGAUAUCAGCCGCGCAUUCUCAUGCCUCGCAGUUCACACCGAGAUCUUGCGUCGUCGUGGGAAAGACUGCCGCGUUAGAUCACUACAUAUGGUAAAUGUCACAUGAAUUCACGACAGAUUGGAACAUGAAUGGAACAACUCUCUCCAGUGUCAAAAGAAGAGGAACGAAGACCAAAUCUUAUAAACUCCGGAUUGAAGUUGAAGACCGAGAGAUGGGAGCCAUGAAGAGGUUCAGUACCUUUUUUUCGUCCUUCCGUCGGAAAAACAGCAAAGACAUAGUUUCUAAUGAACCAGACCAACCUGUCAGCACAGAACUCUCUUCCGUGGAAGAGAAGUCCAAGGAGCAGCGCUACAAUAGCGGGCAAUUUUUCUUCGAGUAUCUGGUGGUGGUGAGGCCUAAGAAUACCAAAGAUGGGACAUAUGAACCACAGAUCGUCUAUCAGUUUCCCAAGAAGGAUGGAAUGGUGCGAUUUCAGAAAGAGGAGGAAGAGAAGACGUUGAAGGCGCUCACACUCUUUUGCUUUCCUGAGGGUGUUAACUGGGCUCCUUUAACAGAAUAUCGCAGUGAAACAUUCUCUUUCGUGCUUACAGAUGUUGACGGAACCAGGAAGAACGGAUACUGUAGGAGGCUGCUGCCGGAUGGAAAGGGUGCUCGUCUUCCUGAGGCCUACUGUGUCAUCAGUAAUUUAGCCUGCUUUGGACUCUUUUCCCAGAUCUUUGAUGAGGUUGAGCAACGUAGGAAGAUAUCCAUGGCAAUGAUCUAUCCAUUUAUGCAGAGCCUAAGGGAGGCAGCAUUUCCUGCCCCUGGACAUACUGUUAAAAUCAAGAGCUUUAUUCCUGAAAGAGGAACUGAGAUAAUCAGUUUGACUCGCCCGACAGACUCGUGGUUGGAGCACGUGGAUUUCCGCACAUUGUUCAGUUGUCUGUCAGAUGAGGAGGUGAUCCAGGUGUUUGCUGCUACAGUGCUAGAGCGACGGAUCAUUUUCAUCGCUGAAGAGCUUGGUACAUUGUCACAGGUGAUCCAUGCAGUGGCAGUUCUCCUCUAUCCAUUCAUCUGGCAGCACACUCUCAUCUCCAUCGUACCAGAGAUCCUAAUUGACGUCGUCAUGGCACCCACACCAUACCUGCUGGGUGUCCAGAAACGGCUUGCUGAACAGGCCACUGACCAGACAGAUCUGCUUGUUGUUGACUUGUCAGAAGGCAGAAAGGAGACAUUUAUCAAGCGUAUGGGAGAUGAGGACACGAUACUACCUCACAAACUCAAAGAUGAAAUCAAGCAGGCCCUCGGUGCCAAAAAUAAGAAAUCAAGUCUUGAGGAGUUGAACCGGGUCGUCCCAGAAGCAUUUUUGCCAUUCUUUAUUAAGACGGUCGGCCACUUUUCUAAGUACAUGGUACGGAAUGGCCAAGAUAAACAAUGCGUGUUCCAGCGAAAAAGAUUCUGUAAAGCUAUAGAAUCAAAGAGCACACAGCGGUUUGUUAAGAAAUUUGUACAGACGCAGAUGUUUGACCUCUUUAUUCAGGAGGUUGAACAGAGACCCGCAUCUCAGGACGGCACAGGGUUUUUUGAGAGAAAGAUUGCUGAAUACCAAAAAAAGUUUAGAGAGAAGGCAAAGAAACACUAGUGGCAAUGCUCACCAACGAGACUGAUUGUAAAUCUUUUGUGAAAUAAAUCCAAUUGUAGGAAAAUUAUUUCAAGGAAUGUAGAUAUUACAUUUAAUUUCAUUACAUUUCAUUUUUUAUUUAUGAUUUUCAUCUGUUAGGUUCAACAGACUUUAACUGCUGUUUGUCAUUUGUGUGUGGGUCUUGUUGGGUGUCUGGGUAUUUGUAAUGUGAUAAGCUGCUGUAUUUAAUGUAUGUAAGGGCUUUGAUUUUGACCAUACGGGUUCAUUGUUGCAGAAGCUGAGCCAGUGAAAAAUGCAGAAUUUAAAUAAAAGAAAAGUGUGUAAGUAUGUAUUUUUAAAUGAAAACAAUACAAAUUCAGUUUAAUUUAAAACUAAACAAAAGAUACAUUUCAUCUCUCCAAUUUUUUUUAAUGCCUGUAAGAAGCACUAAAAGAUGUCAAAAUAUGUAUUAAAUUGUUAAUUAAAAAGGUAUUAAAAGGUACAGUUAAAUUGGAAAAAGACUUGCAUAAUUGUA